AUGUUUGUCCUGCUCGCUCGGGGCUCUAGGCUGCGGCGCAGAGUCGCUCCACGACUCCAGUCGCGGUCUGCCGGCCGUCGCGACGCUCGGGGCCGCAACGCCGCGCCGCUAACCGUCACCUCGCAAUCAGCCGGCUCGUGGCGGACGUUAUGCACUGCUGACUGUGCUGACUGCGUGCUAGCCCAAUCCCUUAUACUAACAGUAGGACUCGUUUCACUCACGCCCCCAUUUUUCAACAGUCCACGGUGA